AUGACGUCUGCUUCCUCAUGUGUUGCUCGGAGGCUGGAGACGGGUCUGAAGAUCCCCGGCACUGGCAGUGGGCUGGGCAGCCUGAGGUCCAGUGGCGUGGUGUUGGCACUGGGCUGCUGCUGCUCCCAAGGUCUGUCCCUGCUGAAGAGCUUUUGCAAGACUCCCGACGGCUUUAGAGUGGACUUCAGGUCAGGCAAGAUUCAGCCAGGGGAAACUUACGAGCAGUUCAGCAUUCAACUUGGCCGCUCGUUUGAACAGUGCCCUAAGAAUCCUCGCGCCUUCAAGGAUGCGCCGUCCUCCUCAGUUAACAUAGGCUUCUGUUGGGAGGACAGGAAAGUUUCCAACUACUGUGUUGCGGGGACCAUCAACGGCGCCUGGACUUCUGCAAUCAUCCGUGACGCCGGUUGUUCCAGCCUCAUCGUUUCCGAGGAGGCCUUGCCAGAUGACACCUGCCCCUCCCUCGGCGCUGUGCGCGCCAAGGCUACUGCCGGACUGCCCGAUGUAGCCCUGAAUGGAGCGUCCUACAAGUUCUCCUGGACGAAUGGACUCCUGUAUAGAGACUGUGUCGCUUCUAGCCGGCCCGGCAAGGUCGGGACUCGGACGUUGGUGCUCCCUUCUGACUGCCGUCAAAUCGUGCUACAAGUGGCCCACGAGAGUCCCCUCGCCGGUCACUUCUCUCAUCGGAAGACGGAAUCGAAAGUGAGCGAUAACUUCUUCUGGCCUGGCAUGGGGGCCGAUAUCCGUGACUACUGUCGGUCCUGCGACAUAUGCCAGCGGUUCCCUGAAGCCAUUCCACUCAAGGAUGUGGACUCUGUUUCUGUUGCUGAGGCUCUUCUGUCUUCAUUUUCCAGGGUCGGAAUUCCCCGGGAAAUCCUGAGCGACAGAGUUCACCACACCGUUUCAUCCGAGUGGGAAAUGCCCAGCGACCGCACCGGCUUGUCGGCCCUCGAUCUCCUCUACGGGCGCACUGUGCGAGGGCCCUUGACUGUCCUGAAGGACUUAUGGGAAGACCGUGACCUGCAGGAGGAAGAACGGACGAGUCUGCAAUACGUCAUCGAGCUCAGGGAGAAACUGACCGAAUGUGCUCAGCUCGCCGCCCGGGAGGCUGACGUAAGUACUGCAAAGUACAAGUCUUAUUUUGACCUGCGAUCCCAAGAUAGACAAUUCAAGCCUGGCGACGAGGUCCUAGUUCUUCUCCCUGACUCUACCAAGAAGUUCCUCGUUUCCUGGCGUGGCCCAUUCAAAGUGUUGGAACGACGAAACAAGGUGGACUACCUGGUUGAUGACCCGAGGGGGCCUAAGCUGUACCACGCCAACCUCCUAAAAAGGUACCAUCGCCGCGCUCAAGUAAACUUCGCGUAUGUCAAGGACGAUACUUCAGCGCCGGAUGAUGACUGUUCACCCACAGGACCUUUGGAAGCAGAGGACCCUGACGACCUUGUUCCCUGUCCUUUGGUCUGUUCCGUUCCUGAUUCCGCCCUCAACCCGGCGCUGGACAUCAACAAGUCCCUGGAGUGGAACCAGCGCUCAUCGUUAGAAGACGUACUUUCCACCUUUAAGGACGUAUUUUCAGAGACUCCAGGUUGCACCAACACCCUGCAACAUGACAUAAUUUUAACCACUACCAACAGAGUCCUCACGAAGAACUACCCUGGGCCGAUCCACCUCCGUCCUUACUUUGAGAAGGAAUUUGACAACCUCCUCCAACUAGGCAUCAUCCAGCCGUCGUCCUCUCUACACUGCUCUCCCGUGGUAAUGGUACGCAAGUCUGACGGGAGCUACCGAAUGGCCAUAGACUUCAGGCAACUUAACUCCGUUACUGUUUUUGAUGCUGAGCCCACCUGUUCCGUCGAAGGGGACUUGCACAAGUUUGCAGGAGCUACCUACUUUUCGGAGCUUGACUUGUGCAAGGCCUACUACCAGAUCCCCUUGACCGACCGUGCCAAGCCUCUCACUGCUUUUUCCACCCACCAAGGAUUGAUGGAGUUCUGUCUCUGA